UGAAUAAUGGUCCCUGAAAAUGGCUCUUUGGUGACUGAAUUCAUUCUGGUGGGAUUAACAAAGGAGCCCAACCUCCAGUGUCCACUCUUCAUCCUGUUUCUGGUGAUGUAUGUGGUCACUGUUUUGGGAAAUCUGGGUUUGAUCAUCUUGAUUGGAUUGAAUUCUCACCUUCACACCCCCAUGUACUUUUUCCUCUUUAACUUGUCCUUUGUUGACCUCUGUUAUUCUUCAGUGUUCUCACCCAAAAUGUUGAUGAGCUUUAUAUCAGAAGAAAACUUUAUUUCCUAUAGAGGAUGCAUGACCCAGCUUUUCUUUUUCAGCUUUUUUGGCAUUUCUGAGUGUUACGUGCUAACUGCAAUGGCCUAUGAUCGCUAUGUGGCCAUCUGUAACCCACUCCUGUAUAAUAUUGUCAUGUCUCCUAAAUUAUGUUUGACCCUUAUGUUUGGUUCAUACAUGAUGGCAUUUUUUGGUGCCAUGGCUCACACUCUAUGUAUGCUGAGACUGACCUUCUGCAAUGCAAACAUGAUAAAUCACUAUUUCUGUGACAUCCUCCCUUUGCUUCAGCUCUCCUGUACCAGCACCUAUGUCAAUGAAGUAGAAGUUUUUGUUGUUGUGGGCAUCAAUAUCGUUGUGCCCAGCAUAACCAUCUUUGUUUCUUAUGGUUUCAUCCUUUCCAGUAUUUUCCAUAUCAGUUCUACUGAAGGUAGGUCCAAGGCCUUCAACACAUGCAGUUCCCACAUAAUUGCUCUUUCUCUAUUCUUUGGAUCGGGUGCAUUUAUGUACCUCAAACCAUCAGCUGCCAUGUCAAUGGAUGAAGGUAAAAUCUCUUCAGUAUUUUAUACCAAUACAGUUCCUCUGCUGAAUCCCUUAAUAUAUAGCUUGAGGAACAAAGAUGUUAAAGUUGCCUUGAUAAAGACAGUGAACAAGAGAAAGUGUUGA